ACGAACAGCAGCUAGCAACAACAUCAGCAGCAGAUACACAAAAGCUCCUCUGACAAACAACAGUCGCCUUUUGGUGGACAAUAAGUGUCAUGUUUUCCCGCAGGUGGGGGUUCGGCUGGGACAGGUACAGUGACGUGGACCUCUUCGCGGACCGAAAUGAGUCCAAUGCGGAGACCCUGUCGCAGGCCAUCAGAGCUGCAGCGUCCGAGGAGCCGGACGCAGACGGCAGCGUGCUGUUUGGCAACCUGCAGGGCACUGUGGUCGGCCUCAGAUACUACACUGGAGUGGUGAAUCAAGGGGAAAUGGUCGGUUUAGUGAGGGAGCCUCAGAAUCAAUACGACCGCAAUGCAGUGAUGGUCGCCAACAUUUAUGGCAACCAGGUGGGUCACAUGAAGCGAGAGCUGGCAGCGGCUAUGGCCCACGUCAUGGACAACAAUUUGGCAAAAGUAGAGGGGGUGGUGCAUUCAGGGACCAAAAACUCAUUCACCAUGCCAGUGAUGCUCUCCUUCUGGGGGAAAGAAGAGAGCAAAAAUGCCGUGGUUGAAAGCAUGGCACGUCGCGGAUAUAAACUGAACACAAGUGGGAGCAAAUCGACAGGUGCAAAUCCGAAGUCAUAUAAUAGUCAAGCUGCUCGUGCAUUGGCAUCGAAAAAAGGUUUGACCAUCGCUCUAACGGCAGAGGAGCUGAAGAAUGCAUUCGACAACCUGUUCGACGGCUUGAUGGAGAGUAAAGAUGGAGAAAAAGAAGCAGCCAAGUCUGUGGGCACUCCUCUCCUGCUUCACCAGAAGCAGGCGCUGUCCUGGAUGUGCGCGCGGGAGAACAAGUCUGUGCUUCCGCCCUUCUGGGAGAAGAGAGGGGAGCUGUACUACAACAGCCUGACGUGUUUCUCUGCCAAAGAAAUACCAGACAGAGUUCGUGGGGGAAUCCUGGCAGAUGACAUGGGACUUGGAAAAACUCUGACGACCAUCGCUCUGAUCCUCACAAACUUCCACGGUGGGAAGCCUCUGCCCGUGGAGAAAUGUGAGGAUCAAUCGUCACCUUUUAAAGCCAAAAGUAAACCACAGAUGGCCUCCAAACCCAAAGGAAGAAGCCAUGCUGGGGACAGAGAAGGAGUGGAUGAAGCAGCAGCUGGUUCUGUCUGCUCAAAUCUUCCUCAGGUGGAGUCGAUCUCUGAUAAAUCACCAGACGUUGCAGAUGAAGUGCUCGAGUCAGACAAAACUACAAGCAAAGGGAAGAUACAAGCCACCAAGCGGAAGCCAAGUCGAGAGGCCCCAGUAUUCCUGGAGGAUCUGGACUUUGCUGCAGCACUGGGAGGUUCAGUUUCAGACACGGGCUCAAAGAAGAAGAGACCUUCUAAGAAAUCCAAUCCUACAAUGAGUGUGGAAUCCUCCAUCCCCGAGAGUGCAGAUGACUUAUCAGCAAGAGCGACUCUCAUCAUCGCCCCGCUCUCUGUGCUCAGCAACUGGCUGGACCAGUUUGAGCAGCAUGUGCGUGCCAACGUGAAGCUAAACGUGUACCUGUAUUACGGCUCGGAGCGCAACAGGAGCAAGAAGUUUCUGUCCUCUCAGGACGUGGUGAUCACCACCUACAACGUCCUCUCUGCUGACUUUGGGAAUAAGAGUCCCCUGCAUGGUAUCAAUUGGCUGAGGGUUGUACUGGAUGAAGGACACAUCAUAAGAAACCCAAAUGCACAGAUGAGUAAGGCUGUGUUGGACUUAAAAGCUCAACGGCGCUGGAUUUUGUCAGGUACUCCCAUCCAGAACAGUGUGAAGGACCUGUGGAUGCUGCUGGCCUUCCUGCGUCUGAAGCCCUUCGAUGUGAGAGAGUGGUGGAACAGAGUGAUACAGAGGCCUGUUACUCAAGGAGACAGAGCCGGUCUGCAGAAUCUUCAGACUCUGGUGAAGUGCAUCACCCUGCGGCGGACCAAAAGCAGUGAAGUGAAUGGGCGCCCUCUGGUGUUUCUGCCUGAGAAGACGGUGUCUGUGGAGCAGGUCGAGAUGAGCCAGUCUGAGAGAGAGGAGUACGAGCUGGCACGCAACGAGGGAAGGAGCACCAUCAGCAAAUAUGUGGCUGAGGGGACCGUCUUGAGGAACUAUGCGGACGUGUUGGCUAUCCUGAUGAGGCUCCGACAGCACUGCUGCCACCCUGAUCUGCUGGCAAAAAUAUCCUCAGAACUGGGUGCUUCAGCAACGCCUGCAGAGAUGCGGCAGCGUCUCAUCGAGAAGCUGCGGUUGGUGUUGGCCAGCGGCUCUGACGAGGAGUGCUCUGUGUGUCUGGACUCGGUCCGCCUGCCGGUCAUUACGCACUGUGCCCACGUCUACUGCCGGCCCUGCAUCGCCCAGGUUAUCAGCAGCGAGCAGGAAGCGGCGCGCUGUCCUCUCUGUCGUAGUGAGAUCAAGGCCACUGAACUGGUGGAAUUUCCCCAAGAGGAAAUGGAGGAAGAGAAAAAUGUAAACUCAGAGAAGUGGAGGACAAGCUCGAAGGUGCAGGCACUGAUGGGAAACCUGCUCAGGCUGCGAUGUGAAGACAGCAGCAUAAAGAGUUUGGUUGUCUCCCAGUUUACACGCUUCCUCACCAUACUGGAGACUCCACUCAGAGAGCAUGGUUUCAGUUUUGUGCGUCUGGACGGCACCAUGAGCCAAAAGAAGAGGACUCAGGUCAUCCGGGAGUUUCAGAGCUCUGCCGCCGACAGCCCUUCCAUCAUACUUCUGUCACUCAAAGCCGGAGGGGUGGGGCUUAACUUGACGGCCGCCUCCCGUGUUUUCCUCAUGGACCCGGCCUGGAAUCCUGCGACUGAGGAGCAGUGUAUCGAUCGCUGCCACCGUUUGGGACAAGAGAGGAAAGUGGUUGUGACCAAGUUCAUCGUGAAAGAUUCAGUGGAGGAGAGAAUGGUGACGAUCCAGAGACAGAAGCAGGACCUGGUGGAGAAGGCGUUUGGCUCCACAAACACUGACAGAAAAACAUCUCGCAUUGAUGACAUUAAAUCUCUGAUGGAGCUGUAAAGUGUUUUUUUCCCCAAAGGGAGCUGAACUGACCGAUUUACAUGAUGACGACCCCAAAGGCUUCGAUCGGUGUCUGAGCUUACACGUUAACUGUUUUCUUUUUCUGGCAUCCAUCAGCUCAUAUCAGAAUGACUGCUGAGAUUUUCUGCACAUGUUGUCAUUGUUUAAUUUGUGUUUUUGACAAGUUCAAGUUGACUAGAGGAUCUUUAGUUUCUGGUUACCGGAUAAAUGUCAUGAUACAGUUCAGUUCAGGAUGCAACCACAUGUCCAACUCUCAUCCUUGUUUAGUUGUAAUGCGUUUAACCUGUUGGUCUUGGUUUAUAUCUACAUACAUCAAUCAAAGAGGCAGCGUUUGUUAAGUUAUGAAGACAAACAGCCGUGAAGAUCUAACGUUCUGUUUUUUUCAUCUGAAAUCUCUGCAUUUAAAAAAAAUGUUUGUUUGGAGUUGUUUCUAACCAAUCACAGAGCAGCAUUCAGAACAUCAGUGAUAUGUUAAAUACAAACAUGGCAUUAAAGGAAAAGUUUGUCACUAAAUGAGUGCGUGAAAUUAGAGCUUCAGCUACAAUUAAUCCAUUUGGAUGAUAAUUAAAACAAACAUUGUUUUCAAAUGUGA